AUGUCGACCACGACGAUCGACUUUGUCAAGCGCGAGCCAUACCGCCGCUACAGAACUUCAACCUAAUAAUUUCCUCGUAGCCAGCCACCACCUUGGCGCGGCUUGAACUUUGAACUUAAGUUUAAAGCUACGGAAGGAGAGGACUCGCCGUGCCUCAAUAACUCUCAAUGGACCGCCGGGGGUCGCUCCGGAUCUUGGGGCGCGUCCAACGUGUCUGUGGCGAAGUAGCCCCGCGUCGGUAAGCGCGGAAUCCGCCGAGCCAAGCGACCCCCGCUGCGUGCGCGCGCGGAUAUUGAUUUUGGGGGUGGCUCUCUUCUCGCGCGGAACCGUCGCGGGGAGUCAGAAACACGCCCGUCCCGAGGCAACGAAGAUGCGUCUCGCCGUAAGGCUCGCGCGCCUCUUGUUUAUCUCAGCGAUAUUUUGCAUUGGACUCUGCUCCGAGGACGAGGAGAGGCUGGUGCGAGACCUCUUCCGCGGCUACAACAAGCUCAUCAGGCCAGUGCAGAACAUGACCGACACCGUCAACGUCAAAUUCGGCCUCGCCUUCGUCCAGCUCAUCAACGUCAAUGAGAAGAACCAGAUUAUGAAAUCGAACGUCUGGUUACGGUUCGUGUGGACGGACUAUCAGCUGCAGUGGGACGAGGCUGAUUAUGGAGGAAUCUCGGUUCUUCGACUUCCGCCCGAUAAAGUUUGGAAACCAGAUAUAGUACUCUUCAAUAACGCUGACGGGAACUACGAGGUCCGUUACAAGAGCAACGUCCUGAUCUACCCUAACGGCGAAGUACUGUGGGUGCCACCCGCAAUUUACCAGAGCUCCUGCACUAUCGAUGUCACGUACUUUCCAUUCGACCAGCAGACCUGCAUCAUGAAAUUCGGCUCGUGGACAUUCAAUGGCGAUCAGGUCUCGCUAGCCCUCUACAACGACAAGAACUUCGUCGACCUAUCGGAUUACUGGAAGUGCGGCACGUGGGACAUCAUAAACGUACCCGCCUUCCUAAACGUCUACGAGGAGUUCCCCACCGAGACGGACAUCACCUUUUACAUAAUCAUCCGUCGUAAAACCCUAUUCUACACGGUCAACUUGAUCUUGCCGACCGUUCUCAUCUCCUUCCUCUGCGUCCUCGUCUUCUAUUUGCCAGCAGAAGCCGGCGAGAAAGUCACUCUCGGAAUAAGUAUUCUUCUAUCGCUGGUUGUGUUCCUGUUACUUGUAAGUAAAAUAUUGCCGCCAACGUCUCUCGUGCUACCGCUUAUCGCUAAAUAUCUGCUCUUCACCUUCAUCAUGAACACCGUCAGUAUUUUGGUGACAGUCGUUAUUAUCAAUUGGAACUUCCGAGGGCCACGCACUCACCGGAUGCCCCAAAUGACUCGAAGGAUCUUCCUGAAAAUUUUACCGACGAUCUUGUUGAUGCGCCGACCGAAGAAGACGCGGCUGCGCUGGAUGAUGGAGAUUCCGAACGUGACGUUGCCGACCUCGACGUACUCAGGUAGUCCGACGGAGCUACCUAAGCAUCUACCGGCCUCACUUGCCUCCAAGCCUAAAAUGGAGAUGAUGGAGCUGUCUGACCUCCACCACCCGAACUGCAAAAUCAACCGAAAGAACCACCACACGGGCGGCUCGAGUGCGGCAGGCUCGGAGGCCCUUGCCGACAGGCGCGGCUCCGAGAGCUCGGACUCGGUGCUCCUCAGUCCCGAGGCUACCAAGGCUACCGAAGCCGUGGAAUUCAUCGCCGAGCAUCUUCGCAACGAGGACCUCUACAUUCAGACACGAGAAGACUGGAAAUACGUAGCGAUGGUUAUAGAUCGACUGCAGCUCUACAUAUUCUUCAUCGUGACCACGGCAGGGACGAUCGGCAUCCUAAUGGACGCUCCCCACAUCUUCGAGUACGUCGAUCAGGAUCGCAUCAUCGAGAUCUAUCGGGGCAAGUGAAGAACGUACCGACUUACCUGCUUACUUGCCCGUAUUGUCUCUCCCCUUUUUGUCUCCGACUUGGUCGCACUUAGCAAUGGGAUACUUCAACGUCAUAGGGUGCACUUACCAAGCACUGCUCAAAGUUUACAUUCUAAGUAACUUGGAAAGGAAUUUCACUCUUUUAAAAAAGCGAUAAUUUUUCCGACUACUUUUCUACUCUGCAUACUAUCGUCAUUGCCAAUGAGAAAUAUUCUAUUCUAAGGAAUUUAUAGCAUCGAUCGGUGAUACUCGCAGAAAAGCAUUGCAACUAAUGCGCGAGCUUUUCACCUAUUUUGGUAAGAGAGUAAUUAUUAAUGCGAUUAUUAUUAUGAUAU